AUGCUUCUGCAGCAACAAUAUAUGAAUCCAUUUCAAUUUUAUGGUCAAAAUCAGGUUAUUAAUAUGGAUCCUUUUCAUCAGCAGCAAUACAACAAUAUGAUGUUGCAACAACAGAUUCCAAUGUUCCAACAACCUCAACAUAUCCAUCCCCAACAAGUGUUGUCUCAACAGUCAGUCCCUCAACAGUCUUCACUUACCCAUGGACAUCAGCGUUUUAUUCAAGAACCUAAUCAGUUGCAGCAAAACCAACAUCAAACUCAGAUCCAACCGCAACAUCAGACCCAAAUUCAAAACCAGUUGCAACUUCAGUCUCAACUGCAAACUCAACUUCAAAAUCAAUUGCAAAAUCAAUUGCAAAAUCAACGUCCAGCUCAACAUCAAGCUCAGCACCAGCUCCAACGUCCAACGCAACAUCCAGCACAACUAUCAGGCUUGUCGGGGCAACAUCAGGGGCAACAUCAAGUUUCGCAUGCUCUUUCUCACUCUCAAGUUCAAGGACCGUUGCAGACUCCACACCCCACCGGCCUAGCGAGCCAGCAUUCUUCAUCCCACCAUUCCUCUGUACAAAGUCACUCUGUUCUCCAAACUCAGAUACCAUCGCAACACAGUUUACACCAGAGUCCUCAUGCUGCCUUGUCUAGUCAGCUCAACCAACAUCUAUCAGCACUGACUCAGUCAAAUGCCCAAGCUCAUCAACUACAGCAUCAUUUACAACAACAAACUCAACAAAGACUACAACCUACUCAGCCUUCUCAGCAGUUACAGCAACAACUCACUCUGCAUGAGCAGCAACGAAUAUUGGAAGAACAAGCGCGUCAAUUAGAAAUCAAGCGACAGGAAGAGAAUACUAGGAAACAAAAGGAGCAAGCUGAAAGAGCAGAGAGAGAAGAAAUGAUGAAAAAGUUGAGAGAACAGAGAGAAAAGGAGCAUCAGGAGAAGUUGCGGCAACAGAUGGAGGCUGAACGACAAGCAGAAGAACGUAAGAUCAAAGAAGAGCGUGAGCAGAAAGAGAGGGAAAAACUUAUGCGAAUUAGGGAUGAACAGAUGAAAAAACAGAAGGAGGAUGAAAAACUUCAACAAGAAUGUACAACUCGAGUAGGUAACUUGCAACAGCCUUUAGCAUUAGUGGGAACUCAUUUCAUCAAUAACUUUAUCAAGCUUGUUCCUUUCCCGAGUGAACACUUGGAAAGCUCCGGCUUGACUGGCGUUUGCCCCAGCGAAAACUUACCCAUUCUGGAGCAUUCGGAUCCGAAUAUAGUGAAGAUGAUAUCCCAUGCUUUAUCGAAAGUUAAUAUUAGAGACAUAAGAACAAGAUUAGAUCAACAUGGAGAAUUAGCUGAAACAAAUGAUUUGCCGUUAGAUCAGAUGCCCCGACUCAUCAAAGAUGUUAUGGAAUAUAACUGCAAUGCUUUGGAUGUUGAACCCGAGCAUAACAUGUGCAUAGCUGAAACGGAACAUCUUUUGCUCACUGCUAUCAAAGACGAUAUGAACCGCCCUAUUACAAGUGCUUUGGCUGGAUCGCUCUCUCUCAAUCUUGCACCUCAUGUUCCAAACAAAGAGCCUCCAAAAGUUCAAGUACAAUUAGACCAGGAAGCAAUAAAGCUUAGGAGACAAAUGGCAAGCGUAGGCAAGCAGCCAAAAGCUCAAGCUCAAAGAAAAAAGCGGGAUAUGGUUGAGAGUUUAUUCGAUUCGCUCACCGACUACUUUGAUCCUACUCAAGGAAGAAGGAGAAGGAACCGUACAAAAACUUUCGAAGAAGAACAGUCGGAACAAGGUGAUGGUGAUACUGACGAGAAAGAUAAGGAUACAGAUGGAAAGGAGGAUCUUCCGAGUGAGGAAGAUGAGAAUAAGUUUUAUGAUAAGAAGAAGAAGAGAAAGAAAGAGGAAAGAGAAGAACGUCCUCCCACUCCAACUGAAGUGAUACAACAGCGAGAGCUUGAGUGGAAUGAAAGGCAACGAAAGCGAUUGGAAAAGCGGAAAAGAAGAAAAUGUGAAGAAAACGUUCAAGAUUAUUGGAAUAACGAUGUUAUGGCGGAGAACGACUCGUUCAAUAGAUUCACAGCUUUGGUUGAUCAAAUUUUGGAUCAAGUUGACGACAUGGAUGUUCUGAUGACUUGUGGAAAAAGCGACGACGAAGAAGAAGAUGACGAAGUCAGUCAAGAAUUGCUCAUUGAGAGAAGCGUUCUUGAUGAUUUGCGGAAUCAAACACAGAAGCUAAAGAGUUGGAAAAAGUUGAAUCGCGUGCCUGUGGACCGUUUGGUUAAACUAGAGACAAUGUUGGAAAGAAACAUGAAAGAUGUGAUCAGUCAAGAUGGCUCGAGGCUAUUGGUUCCUGUUCUUCUGGAGGAUAACACCGAGGAAGAGGAUAUGACAUUCAAGGAGUUGGUUCACGAUCGACUAGCUCGUGCAGCAGAUGCGGCUUGCACUGCAUUAAUGGUCAUGACAAGUUACAAGAUGCCCAAACAAGUGUUCAUUGAAGAUACCAUCGAACGGGCUAUCAACUUAUGCAAGCAGUAUCUCAAUCACAUAAUUUUUCCCGCUUCUGACAGUGUAUUUCGCUCAAAUAAUACAAACGCCAAGAAGGGGAAAGCCGAAGAUCCACGUAGGAAACGCAAAGCUGGGGUUAGCAAUCGGUCGCAUUCGAUACAGAAGAUAUAUGAUCGAAUUGCUGAUCUAGUUGGAUGUUUCGCCGAGCUGGUUCGUGUUCAACCUCUUCCGGAAACGAGUAUUCAUCAUUUGGCGACCAUGGCGAUAGCUUCUUUUUUUGUUAGUAAUGUUGGAGAGUUGCAACGACAGGCAAUGAUUUUAGCGUCUAAUAUAUUCUCGAAAAGCUCAGAAUCCAUACGUAUCGGUAUUUUACAUGAUAUUUUGAAUUCUCUUCAUCGUCUCCCACCUGGAAAGAAUACGAAUAACAGCUACCGACUAGGACCAGAACAAUGGAUAAGUAACACUACUGUUCUCAUCAUGCAACUCAUUCAAUCAUCUGUGAAGAUGGCUCCUCGUAAACGCCAUGAAGAAGAAGAUAGAAAAGGAGAAAUUAAUCCAGAUUCAAUUGUUAAAGACUCUUUACGAGAUGCUCAAAAGUUAACUGGAAAUUUUCUUAGUGGAUUCUUAUCGAAAUGUGCAAACAAAGGAAAUAAAACUGACGGUGAAGAAGAUUACAGAAGGCUUUUCGAAGCUUUUCUCCAAGAUCUAUUAGCAGCUCUUCACAAGCCUGCUUGGCCUGCGGCGGAAUUGAUUUUGUCUAUAUUGGGUUCCCUGCUCGUCAAAUAUUAUAGAGCAAAAUCUACAGAUAUCGUCAUUAGACAAGCUUGUCUUGACUAUCUUGGAUCCAUAACCGCUAGAUUGAGAAAAGAUACAAAAUCAGCCGAGGAAGAUUCGGCGAAACGAUUUGAGAUUGUGCUCAAAACAAUCAUAUAUGACGAUGAAGAAGAACCGACGUAUGAGAACGUUUCUGACGUGGAUAUUAGUGAGUACUCAUCUGCUGAUCGUUUAAAGAAGUUAGAGCAGGCUCUAAUCGAUUAUCUCAUCGAGAAAAACGGCGAAGAUAUUACUGUCGAGUAUGCUAUCCAAUUUUAUGCCGCUGAAUGGUAUAAAGAAACGGUUGAUGAUCUAGAAGUUGCGAAGCAGAAUUUCAAGUCAGACAAGUCAACAGAACUGACCGAUAAGGAAAAGCGGAAGUUGGAGAAAAAGAUGGACAAAAUGCAAGAGAAAACUCAAGUCAUGAAAGAUUUUCUUAUAAAAUUAGUCGACAAGAAGCAUGUGAGGAGAAGAGCUGAACACCUCAAGAAAACCGGAAACAUAAUGCUCGAUUUGGAUGCUGCGUGGACCGUUAAAUAUUUGGCCUCGAAAAGGGAGUUCACACACUCUUUCCAACAGUAUCUCAAAAUUAUAAUUUAUGGUAUUCAAGUUGAAAAUACGGUUAGUUUGAGAACUAAAGCCAUGAAGUGUCUCACUCAAAUCAUAGAAGCAGAUUAUGAAGUAUUGGGAAUGAACGAUGUACGACAAGCUGUAAACUCACGAAUGAUUGACCCAAAUGCUGCUGUGCGAGAAGCAACCAUAGAGUUAUUGGGGAAAUUCUUGCUAGUUAAGGAAGAAUUUAUUCCUAGCUAUUAUAAUAUACUGCUAGAAAGAAUAAAGGAUUCUGGAACUGCUGUAAGAAAGCGAGUUAUAAGAAUUAUGCGAGAGAUUUGUGAAAAAUAUCCGAACUAUCAUCAGAUUCCUGAUCUGCUUUCGAAACUAGUUCGCAGAAUUAGUGAUGAAGACGGAGUUAAGAAGUUGGUGCAAGAGACGUUCAUGGCUUUGUGGUUCCAACCUUGUUCUGACAAGUCGGUUGAUCAUCUCUGCAAAAAGGUUCUGCAAAUGACAUCUGUGGCUCAACUUUGUGCAAAUGAAAGUACUACAGAUUUUUUCGAGCAGUUGUUGCAAGCUGUUUUGAAAACAGCUGAUAAGUCGAUGCUGGAAGCAAGUAAGCAAAUUGUGGAUGCUUUGGUCGAUAGUAUAAUUGCACUCGAGAAAAAAAUAGCCGUGGAUGUUGUGAAGUCUUCAACUGAUCUGGAUGAUGAAACUGUCCUAAAUGUGCAAAAGGAAAAUCAGGAACGCAUGUUAGCGUCUCUGACAACACUUUCAAUGUUCAGUAAAGUUAGGCCAGAGCUUCUUGUUCGUCACGCUGAAACUCUGCAACCAUACUUGUCCAUGAGUGCUCGUUCUCAAUCUGAGCAAUCUGUUCUGAACGAAGUCAUAUGCAUGUUGGAAAGAGUAGUACCUCUUAUGAGCCACCCGAGUGAUUCUUUCCUCCAGAGUUUGGACGAUUCUCUCAGUAGUUUGCUGAUGACCAGUGGAAUGCUUAUUGUCGUGUCAGUCGUAGCUUGUGCAGCGGCAGUCUAUAACAAUUUCCCGAGAAAGCAAACUUCAAUGACUCAAAAGUUCCUUUACUUCCUCCGAAAUAUGAAUAGCGUACAGGCCAACUAUAAAAACAAUGAUAAGUAUGUGCCACAACCCAGCCAUAUGGUCAUGCUUCAGAGGUCUCUCUUCUCGUUAGGAUUAUUAUGCCGAUACUUCGAUUUCGAUCUCAUGUUAGAAAACGAUGCGGAAGCAGCGAAAAGUUUGGUUAUUACAAAUCUACCACCUAAUCAGUCGAUGGCAGAUAAUAUUGAAGUGACCGAUGUUCCUGAACGCAGGCGUUACAGAGACAACGUUUUCUCUUUACUAACUUUCUUCUCCAAGAGUGCCAAUCAGAACAUUCGAUUGAAAGCUAUAUCUUCUAUAGGUCAUCUUUGUGCUCGUCAUGCAGAAUAUUUGGGCAGAGACGAAAUCAAGCAUAUGUACCGUUUAGUUCUCAGUACAUCAGAGGCUAGAUAUCUGCAACUGAAGAUCCAAGCUUUGAAGAAUUUGGAAAUGUUUUUAUUGGCGGAAGAAAAGAAGCUGAUGAAGAGCAACGAAGAGUGGGAUAAAGCAAAAGAACAACAAAACUUGAAGGAAAUGGAGUUAGCUGGAUCAGGAUUAGGUUCUGCGGUCAUUCAAAUAUAUUGGCUCAAUGUCUUGAACUGCUAUUUCCACGUUGACACUGUAGUACGUCAGUCAGCUGUACAGGUUACUUGGUUGACACUUUCUCAAGGAUUAGUUACUCCUGGUUCAUCCAUAGCUAGUCUUAUCGCUAUGACUACUGAUCCAAUCAUACCAAUUCGCAAUAAAGUGGAGAACCUGUUGAAAGAAAUUGAUAUCAAGUACGCAGGAAUGGUGCAAAGUAAAGCCAUUGCGGGGAUCCGAAUUGCUUAUAAGCUUCAUUUGAUGAUCAACAAGGAUAAAUACUCUAUUGUACGUGGUAUCCGAGUUUGUGAUUCGUCUUCUCUGUCUUCUUCUGCUAAGAAUAACUUGGAUCACUUCGGUCUCCCACGGUUUUCAAAUGAUGGUCAAGCUAUAUUGAGUGGCUUAUAUCAAAGCUUGAGAGGCAAUAGAUCUCAUCGAAGAUCUUUCCUUAAUAGUGUUUUGAGACUAUUCAGUGACGACUGCCGUGAAAAGUUACCUCUGUCAGAGUGGAUUUUUGUAGCCGACAAUAUUGCCAUGUUCCCUUACCAAGUAAUGGAUGAGCCUCUAUAUGCGAUCAGGCAUAUUGAUGGGAUCAUUGCUCUAUCUGGACAGGCUAUAUUGAAUCAAUUCAAAGAAAGGUUGAUAACGAAUCCUUACGGUGGCUUAGAAGAUGAUGAUAGUUUGUUUGAACCGGAUCACAUAUACCGUCGUUUCCCUGAGAAUAAGUCUGAGCUCUUUGAUCUUAUGGUGAACAGUCAAGCUUGCUUCAUUUUGUUGUACUUGAAAAACUUCCUCAUGAAGCUCUAUGGAUUCACUGAAGUAAAAGUCCAAGAGUAUUCUCCUUCUGAACCAGCAAAAGUGUACGAAAAGGCGGUGACCAGAAGAAAUGUCCCUAUGUUUCAACCACAUUCUGCCUUAGAAGAAAUGAGACCGGAAGUUAUAGAAGAACGAAACACUACUCAGGGACAUUUCAAGCUUGCACAUAAAAUUUGUAAUUUCCGAAAAAUGCUACUAGCACUUGAUAGAAAUGAAGAAGACGCGGGAGAUGAGAAGGAGGAGGGCAUAACAACCGGUGUAACAGAACGAGAGGAUGAUGAAGAUGAUGUAGACCAUGGAGUUAGUGAAAUGGAUGAACAAUCAAUAGCUGAUGUUAAAGAUAUGGAGGAGUAG